AUGGCCUACAACGGCUGCUCGGGAAACAUCUCCUCUUGCUCCUUUGGGGGUUACCUGCAGUAUCCGGUCUCCUCCUGCGGAUCUUCUUAUCCCCCAAAUUGGCUUUACAGCACUGACCUCCAAUCGCCCAUCACCAACCAGCUGGGCUACAAUGAUUGUCAGGAGACCUUCCACGAGCCCACCGGCUUCCAGUCAACCUGCCAGCAGCGCCCCAAGGUCUCUGCCUUCUACAGACCCUACCAGACAGCUUGCUCGGGGAGGCUGGGCUUUGACACCAAGGGAUUUCAGUCUUCUGGUUUUGGCUCCUCAACCCUAGGUUUUGGGAAUGGAGGUUUCCAGUCGGUAGGCUGGGGUCCCCAAUCCUUCUCAUCCCUCACUUGUAGACCCAACUUUUAUCGUCCUACCUACUUCUCUUCUAAAACCUGCCAGGCUGUUUCUUACCAGCCUGGCUGUAGAUCUGGCUUCUACUAA